AUGAAUACUACACCAUAUACUAAAGACACUGGUGGUAUAUCUGGAUUUUUAUCAAAAGCUGCAAGAUCUGUUUAUUCACGUCUUAUAUCAUCUGGUUCAUCACAGUUAGCAUUGAAAGAUACUUCAUUAGUAAAUAAACCACAGAGUAUUAUUAAUUCAUCAUUCAUUGACUCAUGUUCUGUAGGUAAUAAAGUUGAAUCAAUUAAAAAGGAUUUCAGCAUUGAACAAGAGAAACAUCAACAACAAUCUUGCUUAAAUGUAACAUCAUCAUUUGUUCAGUCUGAACAAAUCUCUCAACAAUUAUUAGAUGAUGAAGAGGCAUGGAAAACGGUCAGUUCCGUACAUGAUCUGAAUGGUUCAAUGGAGGUAUCUAGUAAAAUGGAGAUAACUGGUAGCUGUACUGAUGGUGAUGGUGCAAUGUUGUUAGGAAAUAAAGAAAAUGCAGAAUCUUUACAGGUCUAUAAGAUCAUACAUGAAGAUAUUGAUGAUGUGAGCAUGAAAAGUGAAAAUAAUUCAUCAACAUCAAAUAUAUCCCGAUCACCAUUAAAAGAACUACUUAAUAAUAUAAAAGAUGUGAAUACAUCUGAUAACAAUAUUACUACAAAUGUUUUGAUAAUAAUCAAUCAUGUCAUGAACAUAAUGGAACUACUAGUACUACUACCACUACUGUUCCUUCGGUCUCUUCUUCAUCGCCUACAAAAUCUAAAUUAUCCAUUUCGAUUAAUAAUAAUGAUAAUAGUAGUAUCGGUACUUAAAGAUUAUCAAUUUACUCAUAUCAAAGCUGAAACAAUCAUAUCAGAAUGUCAAUUAGUAGAAACUACAAAACUUAUACAUUUAAUUGAAGAACGUAAUGAAACAAUGGAUCAAGCGAAACGAAUGCUUGCUGUAUAUAAAGAUAUGAUGCAUCGUGUUGAACGUGCACAAAAUGUAUUACAAUUUGCUAAGAAGAAACAAGAAUCAUUAAAAAUGAAUUUUGAUAAGAUUCAUUCAAAUAAACAAAAUGAUUUAUAUCAAAGAAAAUUAAAUAAAUUAACAUAUGAACGUCGACAAACUGAUAUGCGUAUUUUAUCAUUAACUGAAGAAGUGAAACAAAAGGAUCUACAAAAUAAUGAAUUGAAAACAAUCAAAGAUCAAUUACUAUUAUCACCAAUUCGUUAA